AUGCCUUCUCCAGAAUCGCCAGGCCAAUUUCCACUCAUCGACGUUGAUCCUCACUUCAGCAGAGUCGUUAGAUUUUUCAGGCCAUCUGACUACGUUGCCUGGGGUGCUCUGUCCACGGCCACCCCUGGUUUGUACUACGCUUGGGAACAAAUCAACCCAACAAACGCCAUCAAGCAAGUCAAAGUUAAAUUGGCUGUGCCUACCACUCUCGGCGUGAUCGGCGGCUUCUUACUCGCCUAUCAAAGAUCGUCCUUCAGAUUCUUUGGUUGGACUGAGAAUGGUCAAGAGCAGGAGAAAGAUAUGGCUGAGCUAUCAUCCAGAGCCAACCAAGGCAAACCCCUCUACGGUGACACUGGCCUCUCCCCAUACCUCCAAGGCGUCGCUCACAGGAACUCUGCCUUCUCUCAACUCAAAUUGGCAACUAUCCCGUGGUUUAACUUUGCUAACCAUAGCCAUCACGGUGUCGACGCUGACAAGUACUCAAAUAACUAA